AUGUCAGGCGAAUCUAGCCAUUCAAGACUCAAGAGGCCGCUGGCGCCAAGUGAGAGAAGCGACAGGAAGCCCAAGCGGCAGAGCUUCGAUGACGACCACAAGCAACCCGUGGACGUCCGGGUAGGCACAGGUUCCGAGGCAGAGACAUUCCACUGCUUCGCCCCUCUUCUAAAGCGAUACUCCCAUCACUUCAAGACCCAGCUGGGAGACAUAAAAGUCGAGGCUGGCCUUGAUGUCCCCAGCUACCCCAUCUCGAUUCAAUAUCUCCCAAACGAACAGCCUGCCGACUUUUCGCUAUUCAGGGAGUACAUGGAAAACCCGCGCUUCUUCACUAUCCCCGCCGAAGUGGAGAGGAAAAAGCCGUAUGACUUGGCGCAACUCUACUACUUCGCUAAUCGCAUUGGAGCUUGGGCGCUGGAGAACGCUUGCAUCAACUGCCUUUAUUUGAAGGUGCAGCAAUCAGUCUCGCGGCUCAAGAGAACAAACAAGCGUAACAAAAGCCUGGUCGACAAUGUUAUUUUAAGUUGGAAACAAACCACUCGCUCGGUCAUUAACCACCAAAAAACUCACCAGGACAACUCAAGGCUCUACAAGUUCGUAAUAGACUUCUUUGCGUUCUUCGUCUUGCAGACGGCGCCUUUGCUCGAAGAGAGCCUCAUUUCCGACUUGCCCAACCCCUUCCUCUGGCACGUUCUUUGCGCUCUCGAAAAUGCCCUGGCUCGACACGUACCCGACUUGCCUACCCCGAGCACGGCCACGGUCGCGACAAUCGACGAUAAGGUAGUCACCGUUGUUCACAUCAUUGAUAGUGAUGAUGACGAAGACACCCUUCUCGGCCCCUCUAGCCACCAUGUUAACACAACAACUACAGCCUCGACAGAUGAGGGAGUAGCACUUGGAGCUCUUCCAAAAAGCGACUUGGUUAGUAAAAUACUACUGCUGUCCGGAGUUCUGCGCGCGCUCGUAGGCGGAAAGUUGACGAAGCCAAAGCCUCCAAAGAAGCGGGGCCGGCCGGCGAAGGACUGCAAUGAUGAAGAAAGCGACAACGUUUCCACGUCAGAUAGCACGGACAAUCACGAAAAGUCCAGCUUCUUUGGCGUUUCAAACCUUUGCAAAUAUCACGUCCAUACACCCGCUGGCUUGAGCAGUUGCAAGCAGAGGUUCGAAGAGACGAGCGCGGAAGAGGUGUGGCCUGUGGUGCCAUCCCUCCGAAAGUAA